AUGAAUACUAUGCAAGCUGCGGCGGGUUCUCGCAAUUCCAAGCGAUCAACAAUAGAGCCUCCAAACCCCCCUCAGUCUACCGUAAAUACCUCCUCUCGCUCAGGUGCUGGAGCUAGAUCGUCCUCAGGGUCUUCCAAAUCAUCAAAUUACAAAACCCAGAAUCCAGGGCAACAGCUUUCCCAGAUUGAGAAAAGUGUGACGCAUCUACUUGUUGCAACCAAGCAAUUGCUCGAGACUCUCACGCAAUGGUCACGGCAUAAUGCUACGGAAGGCGAGGUUUCCGAUGUCUACGUCCGCCUUGGAUAUGAAUUCAAUAUUGCAGUCAGGGCGUUCAAUGGGAUUGGGGUGGACUGUACCGAUCUCGGACCCGUCCCUGAAAUGCUGCGAUCAAUACUCGAGGAAACACUCAGCCAAGAAGCUAGCCCCGCCAGCCUCGAUCGAUUUCUACCGCGCAUUAGAGACAUCAUUAUCAAUCUGUUGCACGGUCUCAAACGCAAGCAACAAAGGCUGCGAGCUAAACAGGCAAAAGACGGCCAAUCCAAUGGGACAAGCUUGCCAGGCUCUGCUAGUGCUUCCAGCUUCGGAUCUGGUUUCAAUCAGAUCCUAGAUGAUACGUCUUCCAGAAAGUCUGGCGGACGAGGCUCUGAAAAAAAGACGGGAAGUGGUGGGAACGUUACGGGCGAUUCCACAAAUGGCGAAUACACAAGUGGCCCGGAGAUUCUAUCAAGAUACUCAACAGCACCUGUGCGUCAAAGCUCCGGUGCUGCGUCGAUAGAAACCCCAACGCGCUCCAAUAGGGAUAGUCAAAGACCAUUUUCCAACUCUGUGUCAGACUCCUCGAUAUCCAGUGAUGCUUCGCAAUCAGCUUCAAUCCUUUCCUCUGCUUCAGAGGAUGCUAGCCAGUGGUCCCAGUCUACAGCGAGACAAACCUCUCAAAGAGAUCAAACACCAUUCUUUCAGCCUCCCCCGCCUCCCCCUCCGAAGCAGCAAGAUGCCUUGGCUGCGCUACAAAGAGGUGGUGACUUGGAGAGGCGCGCUUCUAGGCGAUACUCUGCUUACCAAAUUUCGAAACAUUUGGGAGCUUCGACAAAUGGCAUCCCUAUGCUGCCACCCACACAGACUACACCUGUCCCAAAUCGAGGUCGUGACCUGCGCGAUUCUAUGAAUGCAGUAAGGACCAGAGGGUCUGGAAUAUAUGGACCGGCCAAACCUUCCCCUCGCACGGGUGAAUCUUCGCCGUCUAGGACCACCAUCCUUUCUAAUCGAAUCUCUGAAGAAAGCUCGCAGAGCGGAGGGUCUCGAGACGAGUUGCCUGAGCUUGCGUCAGAAGAAGGCAGGAAGGCCAUUGAUGGCCCACGUAAGAAUGCCCAUGCUAGUGCUCUUGGUGACCGCCCGCAGGUGAGAGCUACUCUUACAAGCCCUCUUGAGACACUCCCAAUAUACGAAGCUUCCGACUACGAACCAUCCGAGCCUAGUAAAUCGGGGAUGGGCACAAUCAGUAUAGCUUCGAAGACGUCUGCCCUGGAAGGCGAUCAACUAACACAGCAAUUCGUACCUGAGCAGUCCCCUCAGCCAGAUAAAGAUCUCACCCUGUUUUUGCAGUACAAAACUAGAAUCAAGAAAUUUGUUCUGCCGGGAGGUUCUACCGAUUUAUCAAUCGCUCGGCUACAGCUAGCUUUCAUUGAGAAGUUCGCAUGGAAUACCCACAGUAAUGGAAAUGAUCUUCCAGAAAUUUACGUUCAGGACCCAGUGUCCGGCGUACGCCAUGAGCUAGAAGACCUGCAAGACGUCAAAGAUCGAUCCGUCCUGGUGUUAAAUGUUGAAGCUCUUGACGAGGUCAAAAAACACAUUGAUGAAGGAUUUGGAGGCAUCCGAAGAUUGGUCGAAGGUGUUCGAAGCAUCGUAGAGACCCAACAUAUAUCAUUACAACGAGUGUCAGAUCGCCAACAAGACACCUCUCGGGAGGUUGCCCGUCUCUCUCUGAAGCCGGAGGCAUCACCCGUUUUACCGAAUUUCGUUUCCAAUAGUAAGCCAUCUGCCAAUCAAGCUGCCAAUGUCAGAUCUCUGCGCCAAGACCUGGCACUUGUCCGUCAAACGUUCACAUCGCUGGUCUCGGACAUGAACUCGUCAAUGAACGACGUAAAGGAAAGGGCCGCCUCCGUCAAGACCAUGGCAAUCGAAGGAGUAGUCCCUGAUCUGGAUUCUGCCACUGGUCGAUCAUAUGUGAACACUGGGAAGAAGGAUUUGGGCGAUGAAUCGGAAAAGAUCUUGAAUGAGGUCGAUGAUCUACAGGACGUCGUUGAAGACUUGCGUAAAGAUGUCGUCAUCCGAGGUGUACGGCCACGACCUCGCCAACUUGAGGACGUCAGCAAAAGCAUUAGCAAAGCCUCCUCUGAGGUCAAGAAACUGCAAGAAUUUUUGCGGAGAGAGAAACCAAUAUGGACGAAGAUUUGGGAGAAAGAACUCGAAGUAGUCUGCCAAGACCGUGAUUACCUUACCAUGCAAGAGGAUUUGGCUACUGACCUUGAAGACGACUUGGCUAAAGCGACGGAAACUUUUGCUUUGGUCGAGCAAGCCACCAAGCAACAGAACAUUCAGGCCUCUCAAGGGUCUGGAGUCACCCUACGCAGCACUUCGAAGGGUCUUGCGGCAAUCGCGAACGGCCCGGAUGAGGACGUCGAUCCUAUGAAGGCGAAAGACGGGGUCUUGGGUGAGGUGCGAGCCCUUAGACCUAAUCACGAAACACGGUUGGAGGCCAUCGAACGAGCCGAUAAAGCUCGGAAACGAGAGCUGGCUGUUCGGAAAGAGGGCGAAUUUGCUAAAGAGGUUGCAACUUUUGUAGAGGAAGGGAAGCUGAAGAAAAGCGGGGGCGUUGAGGAGACAGAGCGACUAAGAAGGGCGAGGGAUGAGAAAAAUAUGCGCGAAGCUUGGGAGAAACAACAAGAAAGAGUGGCUGCUAAGGCCAGUCAACGGGAGGACUCCCAAGCGCCGUUAGACGCAGCGGAGCCGGAAGCUGAAUCUUUAGAUCCUCAGCUCAGUCCAUUUCCAGCAGCAGAGAGCGAAGAGAAACCAGAUGUUCAAGCAAUAGAAGCUAGCAGCAGAAAAGAGAAUGAGGGCCACAAACAAGAUCCACCCCCAUCCCCUUCAAAACGCACAUCCUGGCUACCUACUAUCUUCGCCUCUUGA